AUGCCUGUCACAGCGUCAGACAUCUGCCUUGGUAUAUUAGCCGUUUUUCUCCCGCCUCUUGCUGUGCUGUUACGAAGAGGAUGUGGAGCAGACUUUUACGUCAACAUCUUGCUCACCUUGUUGGGUGAUAUCCCUGGAAUCAUACAUGCACUGUAA